AUGGAUGACUUUCCUGGCGAUGCCUUGCGGUGGUUCAGUGAGGAGCAUGACCUUGAUCUUGCCCUCGAUAAGGAUAUCACCCAUACUGUCAACUCACCGAUGAAGAUGCCACACCGAAAACUGAAAAGACCUUGCAUCAGGAGGACAUUGUCAUUGAAUUCUGCCACUUUCAUUCGACAACCAUCAUUCACUGCUUCGCACAAGAACCACCGCCAUUUUAGCCAAUCUCCCGUCACGUCCUCCUUCUUAACCAAUCUUCUCAUUCGAGAAUCGAAAUCUCGUCCGCUAUCGAGCCAAGCACAAGGCCAUCAUGCUUCUCAAUCAUCCUUUUGCAGCAUUGAUCCGGGUGCUCAACAUUACCAGGACCCAGAAGCGCGCCUCAAAUUGCGACUCUACCUAGCAUCCCCGCAUAAUUUUGACGAAGCCAUUGAAUUCGGCUUCCCGACUCCGGCUGAUGGCACAACAUCAGUGCGUCCCAGUUUACCGAAGCAGAGCUUAAAGCCACAAAAUAAUAGGAGAAAGCUAUAUACAGCUGUGGCUCAGAAUGCAGACCUCUGCACGGAGACCGAUGGUACUAUAUCUGACGCCGUACAGCCGUCCCAGCUCUUGGGACCUCCCAUCUCAAACAAGUCUAUCUCGCUGAGUGAUACGCAACAAUUUUGUGCUGUCGAUAGGGGAAGUGGCAAGCGGCUUGAUCCAAACAAUCGCGAAAUGACACUAAAGAUGACGUUGACACGGCCUGAUCUUCGAACAAGCUACUGGGAAGAUGUUCCAUCAGGUACCCCGAUGUCUAUCGAGUCACAUUCAGCAGAAGGAAACCCACAUAUUUGCAAUGCUGAUGAAAACAUCCGACACAAAAUGAGAACUGUAUGGUGCAAGCUUAGGGUAUGGAAAUAA